AUGGGUCCAAUAACCUUCACCAACCACCGCUGUCGUCACCACUCGCCAAUUCCGGUACACCGUUCACCGUCGACCACCAUCGCCACCACCCACCAUCACCACCACCCGCCAGCAUCAUCGACCACCACUGUCGUUGCCGACCACCGACCGCCGCCACAGACACCUGCCACCUUCACCAACCACCAGUUCCACCGUCGACCAACACCACCACCACCCCAAUCCACCGUCGGCACCCCUCGCCACUGCCGACCACAGCCACCCGACGCCACCGCUACCACCCUCCGCCAUCGACUACUGCCACCACCGGCCACCACCCAUCGUUGUCGGCGCCACCACCCGCCACCGCUACCCACCGCCACCACCCUCUACCGCCACAUCGCCAAUUUUAUUCUUUCGUCUUUCUUCCUCUUCCCGCCUACCAAACAAGACAAGGAAAUGAUUCAUUCUAUUCCCACAUGGUAA